CUGCUGCGGGAUGGAGCCCGGAGCUCGGCUGUGCCUCUCGCUCUGCUGCGGGAUGGAGCCCGGAGCUCGGCUGUGCCUCUCGCUCUGCCUCGCCGCCGUCCUCCCGGCCCCGGGCUGCCGGGGAGCGCAGGGCAGGCUCGCCUACAAACUGCUCCACGACCUCUUCGCCAACUACUCCAGCGCCCUGCGCCCCGUGGAGGACACGGACCGGGCGCUGAACGUCACCCUCCAGGUCACCUUGUCCCAGAUCAUCGACAUGGACGAGAGGAACCAGGUCCUCACCUCCUACCUGUGGGUCCGCCAGACCUGGCUGGACGCCCACCUCACCUGGGACAAGGACGGGUACGGCGGCAUCGACAGCAUCCGCAUCCCCAGCAGCUACGUCUGGCGGCCCGACAUCAUCCUGUACAACAAGUGGGUCGUGCUCGGCCCCCGGGGCCCGGCUGGGGCUGGGGGCUGCACGGGGCGCUGCGGCCUCGGGGUGGGAGCAGGAGGGUCCCGGAGGGGGAGAUGCGGGGAGAUGGGGCCGGGGGGUGCUGGCAGCAGCCCGGCGUGCCCGGGACUGACCCCCAGCACCGAGGGGACAGCCAGGGGCCGCGAGUGGCGCGGGGAGGGGAUGCGGCCCCACGGCCACCCCUCCCUGCCCAGCGCCGAUGAGCACUUCGGUGGCUCCAUGGAGACCAACGUGGUGCUGCGCUCCGACGGCCACAUCAUGUGGGACUCGCCCGCCAUCACCAAGAGCUCCUGCAAGGUGGACGUGUCCUACUUCCCCUUCGACGGGCAGCAGUGCCGCCUCACCUUCGGCUCCUGGACCCACAACGGGAACCAGAUCGACCUCCGCAACCAGCUGGACACCGGGGACCUGAGGGACUUCGUGGAGAACGUGGAGUGGGAGGUGCUGGGCAUGCCGGCCACGAGGAACGUCAUCACCUACGGCUGCUGCUCCGAGCCCUACCCCGAUGUCACCUACACCCUGCUCCUGCGCCGCCGCGCCUCCUUCUACAUCUUCAACCUGCUCCUGCCCUGCAUCAUGGUCUCCUUCCUGGCACCCCUGGGCUUCUACCUGCCGGCCGACUCGGGGGAGAAGGUGUCGCUGGGGGUGACGGUGCUGCUGGCCCUCACCGUGUUCCAGCUGCUGGUGGCCGAGAGCAUGCCCCCCUCGGAGAGCGUCCCGCUCAUCGGGAAGUACUACAUCGCCACCAUGACCAUGAUCACGGCCUCCACCGCGCUCACCAUCUUCAUCAUGAACGUGCACCACUGCGGGCCGGGGGCCCGGGCCGUGCCCCCCUGGGCGCGCCGGCUCAUCCUGCACCACAUGGCCCGGCUCUGCUGCGUCUACGAGGUGGGCGAGAGCUGCAAGGGCCCCCAGCGGGCGCUGGGCGGGCGGGCGAGUGUGGGGGACGCCGGGGGACCGGGGGAAAGCCCCGGGGAGGGGCAGGCGGGCACGGAGGUGCGGGGCUGCCCCUGGGACCACUGCCUGUGCCACCACGACGCCCUGCUGAGGAACGUCGGGUACAUCGCCGGCUGCUUUCGGCGCCAGCGCGCCAACCAGCGCCGCACCGGAGAGUGGAAGAAGGUGGCCAAGGUGAUGGACCGCUUCUUCAUGUGGGUCUUCUUCCUCAUGGUCUUCCUCAUGAGCGUGCUGGUCCUGGGCAACGCUGCCUGACGGCUCUGCGGAGCCAGCAGUGCGGCCCCCAGGGCCGGCGGUGGCUGCGGGCACCUCGCGGGGGUGACACAAAUGGCCCCGGUCCCCCCAAAGCUGCAGCGCUGAGCGGUCCCAGCCCCUGUCCGACUGUACCAGAGCAGGCACCCACGUCCCCCUGUGGCACCCCGCUCCUGAGAAAUGAUCAAAUGAAAUAAAGCGUGGAACGUGUGUCCUGCCCCUGCUGCCUGGGACAAGGGUGCUGGCCGGGGUGAGGGUGGCCUGGAGGGAUGGAGGGAUCAGGUCCUGAGCCGAGCUCCUGACAGAUGGGAGAUCCCUGAGGGGAGCCGUGAGGGCUUCCCACGGGAAGGAGUGCAGGGCCCGGCAGGAGCUCUGGAGCUGCUGCCCACCCUGGCCAGGGCAGGUUGGUCCCAUGGUCCAUCCAUCAGUGCCCAGCCUGUGGCAGCCACUGUCCUGAGG